GCCAAUCAGGGGACGGAUGUGAGGUAAAGGGGGCGGGGCCGACCACCGCGUGCUUCUUUCCAUAAAAGCGGAUCGUGGGCUGCAGAAACGCUCUACUGCACUGUGGACCUUGGAAGCCGUGUUCCCCCCAGUCGACCCGCCACGAUGUCGGACAAGAAAGCCGUGAUCAAGAAUGCCGACAUGUCGGAGGAGAUGCAGCAGGACGCCGUGGACUGCGCCUUGCAAGCGAUGGAGAAGUACAACAUUGAGAAGGACAUCGCUGCCUAUGUGAAGAAGGAGUUUGACAAGAAGUACAACCCCACGUGGCACUGCAUCGUCGGACGGAACUUCGGCAGCUACGUGACCCACGAAACCAAACACUUUAUCUACUUCUACCUCGGCCAAGUGGCCAUCUUGCUCUUCAAGUCGGGCUAAGGAGCCUCCAGAACUGCCUUUUUAUUGAGCCUUUAAAUUCUGUGUCUCGCUGUACCUUUGCUGUCGGACCUGCAGACGCGCCUACCUCCUGCUGUUUUGCUUUCUGUCCACGACCUCUGGCGCGGCUCUGCUCGUAAACAAUGCACUUCACUCUGGACCGACCCUCGUUUCCUGACUCGUUGGUGGAUAUUAUUUGGACCAGGUACAUGAUUUCAGACGGGUCUGUGUACGCUAACUUAUUUUUUUUCACGUCAGAAAAGCAACAGGAACGUUUUUGUUGAAAUGCCUUAAUUUUCAAUUGUGACAGCAUGAAUGACACUGCUGACUGUUGCUCCUUAAUAAAGAAAUGUCU